UUGUCAUAUAUAUAUUUUAAUUAUAGUUUUUUCUUUUGGAAAACUGCCAAAUUAUUGAAAUACUUGGGUUACAUUUUGAUAUGGGAAAAUCGUUGAUAUUUUCCCUAUUCAUGCAAUUAAUUCUCUCCGUUUGCUUGGGGGCUGAAGGACAUCGUCAAUACAUUAUACAUCCCAAAGUGGUGGGUGGCUACCCUGUAACUAUCGAAGAAAUCCCAUACCAGGUAUCGAUAAGAUAUCGAGAGAUUCACGAAGGCUCUGGUCAUGUUUGCGGCGGAUCGGUGAUAUCACAGCGAGCUGUCUUAUCAGCAGCGCAUUGCUUUGUUAUAAAAACUCAAGAGUCCGUGCGUUAUCGGGAGGCCAAUCUUUAUAUUGUUGUUGCUGGCGGUGAUCAAAUUAAUCAGGCUGAUCAAAAUACAUUAGAAUAUUCUGUGCAGGAAAUCAUUGGACAUCCGGAUUAUAAUAAAACAACUCUGGAGAAUGAUAUAGCCAUGUUAUUUAUUAAUGGCUAUAUACCCUGGCAAUCGAGAACAGUUCGUGCCGUCUCUCUGGCCGAAAUGCCACCACCUGAAGGUCAAAUAUGUUUAGUCAGUGGAUGGGGUAAAAUCAACAAGACAAAUGAAACCACCAGAUUGCAACAGGCUCCAGUGCCAGUUUUAAAUAAUCGAACUUGUGCCGCCAUUUAUCUGGUUAUUGCAAUUUCCCAGAUGUGCGCCGGUUAUCUUCAAGGUGGCAUUGAUGCCUGUAAAGGUGAUUCGGGUGGUCCUCUUAUCUGCUCUGAUCAAUUAUCAGGCAUUGUAUCCUGGGGUGUGGGCUGUGCCGAUGCCGGUUAUCCUGGUGUUUAUACAAAUGUUUCAUACUAUAUCGAUUGGAUACGUGCGACGAAUGCAUCAUUUGAUUAUUCAGUUUAUUUGGAUAUGCGAAAUUCGGAUGUCCAGCGUCUAAGAAAUUGCAAUCUCUUGCUGAUCAAUCUGGUUCCUAUGCUUGCUUAUCUCAGUACUUUAGUGUUGUAUUAAACGAAUAAAUCGAUAGGAGUUCCAGAUAUCUAAUCGCUAUAAAAGGAA